AGUCACCUUUUUUCUUUCAAUCUAUAGUCUGGUCUGUUUCUUGUUCACUCGUCACUUGUGUCUCAAAAUUUUCUCUACUUUUUGAUUCACACUAGGGAUCUCAGUCAGCAAAUACGCCCCUCACUGCAUUACUUCUUAUAGGUUUUCUAAAAGUAAUAAAUGUUCUUCUGGUGAAACCAAAGACGAGUCAAAAACUGUUCAGCCAAAAAAGCCAAAAAAAUAUUAACGCAGUCCUGUCAAGAUGCUGUUGUCCCGUUUAGCCCACGCACUGCCAGGACGAUCGCUACGCCUGCUGGGGCAGACUGGAGGAGUCCGGCUUUUAAAGUCUACACCGCCACCCAUCAGGGAGAAUCCGUGGAAUGUGCCAACAUUGAAACCAGGAAAGUCCCUAAUACCCAAGAAGGAUGUUCAGAACUUGUCCCAUAGGAAGUACUCUCGGGAUUCCGAGGAUCGGCAUCGAUCCCAUUUGGAGAGCCGCACAAAGGGUCCUUCCCUGAAGGAUCGCCUGAUGGGACCGCCGACUGAGAAUGCCUACGGAAUGGGUAAGGGUGCCGUGGCCGGGGCUGCCCUGAUGGGUCUGGUAGGCUUGUGCUAUUACGGUUUGGGCCUUGGUGAUCAGCCCAGUAUCUACGACCACUCCGUGAUGUGGCCACAAUAUGUGAGGGACCGCAUUCAUGCCACCUAUGCCUACUUCGGGGCAUCCUGCGCCGUAACAGCUGCUUCCGCGGCUGCCAUCUUCCAGUCGGAAGCAAUGAUGGCUUUAAUGACGCGUUCUGGUUUGAUUGCGUCUCUGGUGACCCUUGGCCUGGUGAUGGUCAGUGGCGCCGUGGCCCAGAGCCUGGAGUAUCGUCCAGGCUUGGGUGCGAAGCAGUUAGCCUGGGCAGCUCACUGUGCCAUCCUUGGCGCUGUUUUGGCACCAAUGUGCCUUCUAGGUGGUCCUAUUCUGACCAGAGCAUUCCUCUACACAGGCGGAGUGGUGGGAGCCUUGUCCACUGUGGCCGCUUGUGCGCCCAGCGAGAAAUUCCUGCACAUGGGUGGACCCCUGGCCAUCGGAUUGGGCGUGGUCUUCGCCUCAUCUUUGGCCUCUAUGUGGCUGCCGCCCACUACGGCAGCGGGAGCGGGGCUGGCCAGUAUGUCCAUUUAUGGCGGACUGAUCCUGUUCAGCGGAUUCCUUUUGUAUGACACUCAGCGGAUUGUGAAGGCGGCCGAACAUCACCCGCAGCACAGCCAGUACCUGUUCGAUCCAAUCAAUCACGCCCUAGCCAUUUACAUGGACGCCCUCAACAUCUUUAUACGAAUUGCCAUUAUUUUGGCCGGAGAUCAGAGGCGGAAGAAGUAGUGAAAGUGAGAGCAUACUUGGCAAACUGGUAAAAUUAAAAAUUCUGUUUAGACCCGAUUGAAAAUUGAACGAAAUUUUAUGAAUAUAAAAUAAAGCUGAAUCAAGACUAUGAAA